GGGACCUCGCGCUCGACAUGAGGCAGGUAGACCUUGUUGUUGAGCCCAAGAACCUUGAUGGUGACUCCGUCGUUUGUUGCUAUUAUUUCGCCAAUCACCGCGACAGAUGCCUCUUUUGUCCCUCACAUGGUUUGCCAUUGAAGCACAAUAUUGGAAACAUUGGGAUUACUUUCCUAGCCUGUGCCCAGUUACACAAAACAUUGUCGAUGAAGUUAAGGAUAUGUUGAUACAUGCAACAUGUGACCACUUGACAUCGAUGCAGUCUUCUGCGGCAUUUGAUGCCAUUGAACUCAAG